AUGUUGGUAUCCCAACAGCAAUCUGCGACACUGUCUAACAGUGGUAUUGGUAUCUGGCCAACGCAAUUGCCCCGCUACGCUGAAGCGGUAUUACUUACGGAUGAUGCAUAUGAAGAUAACCUGGUUCGCAAGAAGGACAUCAGUGAUCCUCCGCCCCCAGUGUACGGAGACUGGCAAGAGAACUAUUGGAGCCUGCAGACACUCGACGAGUUCGUCAAUGCAUCACGAGCUGCAGCGAAAGAAGAUACGUGGACGUUGGUCGUUCAGCCGACGAUUUUUAUGGGAGAAGAUAGGUUUCAGUAUUAUUACGUAGUCCCCGGCAGCCGCAUCAUUACCUGGCUAGAGGACCUGGAUGGCUACAUUCUCUUCCGAGCUUGUGUCAAGCCAAGCGAAUGGAGGCACAAGAGGCUUGAAUUAGAAGCUCAAUAUUGGAAACACUUCGAGUACUUUCCGCACCAGUUUAGGAUCUCUCGAUCAGAAGUGAGAUGCAUAAGAGGAGAAAUGGUUUGUUACCUUGGAGCAAAAACAGAAGCGAUGACCUUGAAACAAUCCACUGCGGUGUCCAUAUUCUGGACUUUAGACGAAAUGAAUCAGAUCGUCGGUCAACUGGCCUAUGUUGAAGAAAUCGCGGAAAAUGAUUUGGUCCCGGAAACUGGAGUUGUAUCAUGUUGCAGAGUUAUGUAUAUGCUACGUCAUCACCAGUACUUGCACCGUCACAACCAACCUGAGGCUCGCCUAAUUCGAACGCAUGCAGUAGAAGAGAAGCACACAAAGUUUAAACUUCUGCAUUCUAUGGGCAACACUACAGCUACGAUCCUCUGCAUGCCAAUCACUAUUGCUAUUACUUGCAUUAAGAGUACCUCCGUCGAUGGUAUCGUGAAUGGGGUGGAAGUUCAGUCGUUCAUCAAUGAUUUCGGCAGUCAGACUAGAAAUCAAAUUACCCUGGCAGGUAUCUCUAUGGCCUUGGAUGUUGCCAUCCUUGCAAUUCCAUGGUUAGGCACGACAACGACUGCACAGACAUUGUGCUCCUGCUCCUUCCUUUUAGGUGUCGGCUGUAUUUUUGCGGGCACGAUAGUACACCACUUUGGCGAGAGGAUGAAAUCUUUGGACUUUGCAGUUCGAUUUCCUCAACUUUCUGCAUCCUGA